CCUUCCAUCGCCGCUCAUGUGUUUUUGCCAGGAAAGCAGAAAUUCCAGAGUGGAGUCCAAAGAGUUUAGUAACACAGCGGAAGUGUUACCCGUCAGGAGUGUGUGUGUGUGUGUGUGAGAGUGUGUGUGUGAGAGAUAGAGAGACUUCAGGUUGCAUGAUGUGGGCUCGGAUGCUGGUCGGGGUCGGGGGUUCCGGGCUCGGGCUGCGGGCUUCCAGGGACGGUUUGCUGCGGGUCGCUGGAGCUGGAUGUGCGGGGAGGCAGCAGCAGCAGAGGCAGGCGUCAAGUGCGGAGGCUGCCUUGAAGAAGACCCCGCUGUUUGACUUCCACAGGGAGCAGGGGGGAAAGAUGGUGGAGUUUGCGGGCUGGAGUAUGCCUGUCCAGUAUAAAGACAGUCACAUCGCCACGCACAUGCACACCCGAGAGCACUGCUCCAUUUUCGACGUCAGCCACAUGCUGCAGACCAAAGUCCAUGGCAAAGACAGGGUGAAGUUCAUGGAGUCUCUAGUAGUUGCAGAUAUUGCAGAACUCAAGGACAACCAGGGUACACUGACUCUAUUCACCAAUGAGAAAGGAGGAAUUAUUGAUGACCUCAUUGUGACAAGGACUGACCAGGGCUACCUCUAUGUCGUCUCCAACGCUGGCUGUGCUGACAAGGACUCAGCUCGUAUGAAGGCCAAACUGGCAGAGUACAAAGCUGCAGGUUUUGAUGUGGAUUUGGAAUUCCUUGAUGAAGCACUGAUUGCUGUGCAAGGUCCAUCCAUGUCUCAGGUGCUCCAGGAGGGACUGAAGGAAGACCUCAGUAAACUGACCUUCAUGACCUCCACCUUGGCCACUGUCUUUGGUGUUCCUGGCUGCAGGGUCACCCGCUGUGGAUACACCGGAGAGGACGGGGUGGAGAUCUCCGUCCCUCAGUCCAGAGUGGUGGAGCUGACGGAGAAGCUGUUGGCUAACAGCGAGGUGAAGCUGGCUGGUUUGGGCGCCAGGGACAGUCUGCGGCUAGAGGCAGGGCUUUGUCUCUAUGGCAACGACAUAGAUGAAACCACCACACCUGUGGAGGCCACCCUAGUCUGGACCAUAGGAAAGCGUCGGCGUCAGACCAAGGAUUUCCCCGGCGCUGACAUCAUCGUACCUCAGAUAAAAGCCAAGACAGCCAGGAAGAGAGUCGGUCUGGUCUCCACCGGCCCCCCUGUCAGACAACACACACCCAUACUUGGGCCUGAUGGAAAGGUCAUAGGUGAAGUGACCAGCGGCUGCCCCUCUCCCUGCCUGAAAAAGAACGUCGCCAUGGGUUACGUGGAUGUGGCAUUCGCUAAGAACGGAACAGCCAUCCAGGUCGAGGUCAGGAAAAAAGCAGUGCCCGCCACCGUCAGCAAGAUGCCCUUCGUCCCCACCAACUAUUAUUCUGGAUAGGAGGGACACACACACACACAAACACACGGUACAUAAACUUACACUGGAACAUUCCUUCACUCUGUCCCAUAUUCACAAAUGCUGCCCUCUUCUGUUUACCUCCAGCUAUGCAGUUCAUUGAGAGAAAAUAUUACAAAAUGAUGAAGUAUUAUAUAAUACAGUGUGUGUGCUGGUCUGAUGUGAUUAGUCACUUUCCUAGUGAAGCACAUUAAAUGAAUAAGAGUUCGUAUUAGAGACACUAAAGAAGAAACACAUGGUACAGUAUACACACAGACUUUGUGGAGAACAUUUUAAACAGCAGGCUAUCACUCUACAAACAUCAUGCUACUGUUCUUGUGUGUGUUUAAGCAACGCACUGUCCAGUAACUAAGUGGAGUCUGAGAAUGUAUGUAUGAUAGUAUGGGCAUAGAUGCUCUGUUAACAAAGUUCAUAGACCAAGUUUUUUAAUUUUUAAUUUUGUAAGUGGACAGCAGCUUAAACUGAACCAGCAGUGAGACUGUGUGGAUCCUAACACAAGUAUUUAAUUAACUUCUUGUUUUAGAAUAUAGGUUUUGCUAAUGAAACAUGACAGCAUUUACUUUGUCAUCGCUGGACCAAAACAAAGAGAUUCCAAAUGGUUCUUUUGAUGUUAUUUCACUACAUGUCUGCAGUUUUUCUUUCAAAUACCACAGAGCCAAAUGUCCAUUCAUUUUAUUGUUAGUUGUAAACAGCUUAGUGAAGGAAGGUCAAACAGGACCAGCUCAUAAUCCUUCCAACACAAAAACCCCACCUGAAAUAUGCCAAUUAACAUAAACCUGCCAGUUCAGUUUGUGGAAUUAGCAUUUUUUGUGUUAAUUAGCAGAUGUUCUCAGCAAGUUCUUGUUUGGAGGGAUUUUGAGGGAGUUCUGGUUCACUCUGUUGAUCUGGUCGAUAACCUGACCAGACUGUUUAUAAUGUAAUAAUAUAUUAAACCUGAGGGAGAAAUGUGGUAGAAUGAUAACCUAACUUGAAAAUAGGUUUAUUGUCAUUAUGUCUGUUCUGUCUGGCAACUAAUGAAAUUUAAUUUCUGUAUUAAACUAGAACAUUGUCUUUGGACUGUCUGUGCAGCUCUGAAUGUCUUAUUUCAUGAAAAUAAUAACAAACUAAAUAAUACUACUGAUUUAUAGGUUGUCAGUUUUUGCCAACUGUCUUGAAGGUGCACUUUGUGUGUCACUGUGGAUUUUAAUUUGUAACUGAGUUCUCAUGUACAUUUGAAAUAACAUUGUUUAUUUGAUUAGAAAAUAUCUUCUUUAUUAAAGACAAUUUCCUUUUCUUUUUCCCAUGA